CCCAAUUCUCCAAGGUGCGGCCACCCACCACACGAGUACCAGCCUCGCCGGCGCGCGCUAAAACCCUAACCCCUCCGCGCCUCCGCCUCCUCUCCGCCACGCGACCGCCCCCACCACCCGCGAGGAGAACGAAGGCCGGGGUCGAGAUGGGGCGAGACAAGACCCGGCGUCUCUCCGGCAGCCGCCAUCUCCGGCAGCGGCUGGUGCUGGCGACACUCACCUCCACCGGCGUCACCAUCGAUGACAUUCGCUCCGGGGACGCCGCGCCGGGGCUCCGCCCGUACGAGGUCUCCCUCCUACGCCUCCUGGACAAGAUCUCCGACCGCCACACCAUCGACCUCAACGAGACAGGAACGAAGCUGAAGUACAUGCCGGGGGUGAUUCAAGGGGGCAAGGGCCUUGAGCACGACUGCGGGGUGCACCGGGGGAUCGGCUACUUCCUCGAGCCGCUGAUACUGCUCGGCCUCUUCGCGAAGGCGCCCAUAUCGAUUCGGCUCAAAGGAAUCACUAAUGAUACAAAGGACCCUUCUGUGGAUACUUUCCGGAUGACAACCUUGCAUAUGCUCAAGCAUUUUGGUGUUCCUUUGGAGGGUUUGGAGCUAAAGAUUGAUAGCCGAGGAUCUCCUCCCCUUGGUGGUGGUGAAGUGUUUCUCCGAGUUCCCAAUAUAAAUAGCACACUAACGGCAGCAAACUGGGUUGAUGAAGGUAUGGUGAAGAGGAUAAGGGGUGUUUCAUUCUCUACUAGAGUAUCUCCACAGAUUGAAAGCCGCAUUAUCUAUGCUGCACGUGGAAUCUUCAAUCGCUUCAUUCCUGAUGUUCAUAUAUUCACUGAUCAUAGAUCUGGUGCUUCUGGUGGGAGGUCACCAGGCUAUGGUGUAUCAUUAGUUGCUGAGACCACAACAGGCUGCCUGCUCUCCGUAGAUGCCACCGUGAGUUAUCCUAGUGUUGAUGAAAUAAAUGAUGAAUCUGAGAAGCCAGAGCUGAUGUCUCCAGAGGAUCUUGGUGUUCAAGCUGCAUCAAUGCUACUAGAAGAGGUGGCUCAAGGAGGGGUUGUUGACUCUACACAUCAGGGCCUCCUAUUUAUCCUGUGUGCUUUAUGCCCAGCCGAUGUAUCAAAGGUUCGUGUUGGACAGUUGACUCCACACGGUAUAGAAACACUCCGAAACAUCAGGGAUUUUCUUAACGUCAUGUUUGUUAUCAAGCCUGAUCCCAAUUCGAACACCAUUACUUUAAAAUGUGUCGGUGCGGGAGUGAAGAAUAUUGCUCGGAAGAGUUCAUAAGCAACAGGAUUAUUAAUCUCGUCAAGGAUUGAGGACACAGCAAGAGACUACCAUGAGAUCCUGUUUGUAGCUGCAAAACAGCAAGGAGUUUCCUUAGCUACUCCUGCUGAAUUUUGUUCUGAGGUGCAUGAUAUAUCCUAUUCUCUGAUGUCAUUUUGAUAUAUCAGCUAGUGGUAUUAGAAUGGUUUUUUUUUCUGAUGCGCGGGCAACAUAUUUCUGUAUCGCAUUGCUUUAUCCAGCAUCUAUUUUUCAGUUUUUA